AUGUGGUUGUGGAAGCCUCAACAAGUACUCGGCGGCAUUCUGUCCACAGUGUGGGACAGCUUGGCAGGCGCGGAGUACGGCUUCCCCUCGGCGCAGAAGGGACACCGAGUGGUCGGGAGAAAGCGUGGUGGAUGGGGCGUACAGCAACCAAAGGGCAAGCCCAAAGGAGCUCCCAAAGGGGGCAAGUCAGGUGGCAAAGGCAAGUGGGAGACACAAGAUACGUCCCCUUCGGCCCCACAGAUCGAAAGCUUGCCAGCAGCGCCGUCAGCGACGGCACCUCCACUCCCGAAGAAGGCGGUGGAAAGCAGCGGUGCAGCUCCCUCGCAGGAGAAGGCGCAGCUGGAUACUUUGGUAUCCUUGCUUGCAGAGGCGGGGACAAAUGUGCCGGAGCCAGUGAGGGCUCUGGUGGCAGAACACCAGCGCAAUGCCACACAGAAUCUGACGCGGUCACUACACAGGGCGGUCGCGGAUCAAAGCCGUGCAAGAGCGGAACUCCAAAAGCCCAGAGCGAACCGCUCUCAGUUUUUGGCAGCGUGGAAGGGGUAUAUCGACCAGUUGACGGCCCUUUUGGAGGCUCAGCUCAACGACCAGGCGGUGGCCCUCGAGAAGUUCAACACGGCGGAGAUCGCCAUCUCGGAGGAAGACCAGGAGAUGGAAGACGGGGAGUUCCGUGCCUCGGAGGCGGCGGAAACAGAGGCACGUCUCCAGAAGGAGACCGAGGAACACCAGUCUGCAGGCCGACACCUGCACAAUGCUCUCCAGGUUGCCAGGCAACAAGCUGCGGAGCACCUCAACAGGCACCAGCGAGAAGGGUCGAGGACCCCCAGGCGCAAGAACGAUGUGGAGCCCGACGGACAGCAAGUCGACAAGGACAAGGAGGAAGCCACAGGCAAGCCCUCUGGCGGUACGGCUACCACACCCUUCAAGCUUGGUGGGUCGCAAGCGCAGGCCAAGCUGGCUCCCGAGGAAUCCGAUUUUGUGGGGUCAAUUUCUUGUUCGGUCAUUGGCCUUUGCAUGCAGCUUGAUGUUCAGACUCAGUGGUGUCUGCCGGAUGGCUAUGUCGGCACCACCAUGUGGGAAGAUCCGAGGCUUCGACCAGGAAGCAAGGCGAGGCCGUUGGCUCUGGACUGUCUAUUGGCAGGUGGUGGAGCUUUCUCUGACCGCUCGAUUGUUGGAGAGGCCCCCUCUGGAGGAAGCGGCUCAGCUCGCACUUGUGCGCCCACGUUCCAGACUCCGGCAUGUCACAUGGCUCUGACUGCUGCUGCGUCUGACGAAGUGGGUGCCUUGGGCGGCUGUGUCGGUUCUCAUCUUUGGGGGCCUCGCAGUCGGGCUAUGAACGAUGUCCUUGCUGUACAGGAUGAGGGUUGUCUUCUGAGGGUAGUUAGGAACCCCGCGCCUCGUCGGCCACCUGUACAGUUUUUCUCCAAAGUCACUUUUGCGGCAGCUCCGGAAGUGUUAUCAUUUGUGCCAGGCUCCAAGCUUGUGGCCGGGACUCAUCUGGUCUCUAGUCGAGUGGCACACUCGCUAAAAGGUAUCCUACGCGGGACCUCUGCCUUUGAUGUGCCGGCACCUUUUUCUCUCUCCACUGGCAAAGCUUGGCCGAGCAAUUCCCUGUCGCAGCCUGUGCACCCUGUUGGUAGCACGGCAUCAGUCCUAUGGCCCACUGAUGUUAUGUGCCACGCUGGGCAAGGUGCCUCACCUACCGUUACCUCUGCCUUUCCUUUGGCCCAGGUGCAGCGCGAGCACAGUUCCCUGUCGCAGCCAGUGUGCCCUGUUGGCAGCACGGCACUCGCCCCCAGGUCUGCUUACGGCUCGCCCUCUCACACUGCAAAUGCCUGUGUUCCAGUUCCUCUGGACGAAGGUGGGUGCCAUCACAACGCCUCUUUGCAGCCUGUGCACCCUGUUGGUCGCACGGCCCUUGCAGCAUCCCAUGAGCCCACUGUUUUGCCGGGGGGCUUGGCACCUCGCUCCAAAGCACCUCCCCUCAUCAGUGACCUGCAGGCGAUGCUAGCCUCCCACGUGCCCCUUCGCCCUGAAUGGGUCAGUGGCCCACUGCUACACAUGUCUCCCUUUGAGGCUAGAUGGUUGGCCACUUUUCUUCCGGCUGAACAUGAUCGAAGGCGGUUCACGGUCUUUGAUUGCAGACUGGACCUUAUGAGCCGGGCCUCCGGUCCUGAGUGGUCACUUCUCGACUACAUCACUGCAGCGGUCCGCUCUGUGCCUUAUCGUGUGCGGCUCAUCUGGUACAUUGUGCGACCUAUCCCGGAUCUGCCGACCCCUCAGUUCUCGGUCACAGCUCAUGAUGCGCACGGUGGCACAAGGGCUAUACCAGUGGAUCUGCGCGGGCUUGGCGGCAUGCUUCACACUAUCGAAGUGGGGCCUGGUCCCCUGCGCCCCCUCUGGGCGGAGCUCCGGGCAAAGGGCGUUGACCCUGGCAGCAGGCUAGAGCAGGCCUGGCUAGAUGACCUCUGUGAGUUUCGGGAUGAGCAGGGGCGGCACGUCGACGAAAUUACAGCUGAAGGCACAUCCCCUGAAUGGCUGGCGCUCUCUUUGACUGAUCCGUUUGCGCCUGUCAACAUAGAGGUCGAUUAUGUGGGAGGUGCCGGCCCUGUUCUUAGGGUUCCUCCUCCUGUCCCUCCUCCAAGGGGACCAUGCAGCACACCUGCCAGCACUUCAUGCACUACCACCGCUGUGGCCGUGCAGCCAGUCACCCACCACUGCCAGGCUGUGAGUCCGGAUGAGAUCGCUGUGCUGCCCGAGGAUCUGGCAAGCCCUGCUGAGCGCCUUCUCUGCAUGGGGGCGGUACCAGGAUUACGGUACCUUCUCCGCGAACGCGUUCCUCUGCAGCGUCACUAUACUCUUUUUGAGCGCGCCGGCAAUCUGCACAUUCGGCCUUUGCGCCCUGAGUGGUCCCUUCUCGACCUGGUGCAAGAUGUCAUGUUGGUGGUGCCUAUGUUGCGCAGUAUUCAGGUGCUUCACAGUCCACUGGACCGACUGCCAGUGCUGCAAGUGGCUGCCACCGAAAUGGGCUGGCCGACCGACUCUUUGGCCAUUCCCUUUGACCUGCGAGGAGCUGGUCUCCAGAUUUGUACCCUUGUUGUUGGUCCAGGCCUGACGCAGAGAAUUUUGCAUGAAGCUGUGUGGACGGAAUGCGCGGCUGGCCGGAGCGGCGUUCCUGAUACUGUGCCUUUUGCUGACUCUCUUGGCCGCACGGGUGACACAAGGAGGCCUUUGGCUGAUGUCCAGUUCUUCGUGCCCGAGUACCCGGCGGUAUGGGCGAAUGACCCUGCCGUCACUGGUCUUGCUGCAGAUGAUACGCAUAGCCCUACCAGCCCACUGAGUGCUGCCUCUGCCCCCUCAUGUCUAGGGUCCACCACUACAACUACAGGUGCUAUGCAAUGGGCAGGGGUCAGGAUCUCACGGCAAGGUGUCGACCACACCGCUCAAUAUAUGUUGGCCGAUCAUAAUCAGCUCGUUGUGUUCACUGCACACUCCGCUGAGUAUGGGCCUUUGUCCCCCAUGGGGUCCUCCCUCGCUGAAACCCUUGCCCCCCUUCUUGCUCGGAUUUUGGGCAGGGGGCAUGGUCCGCGUAUGGGCUUCCUGCAGAGCUCCAGAGUACUCCCUAUGAAUGACAAUCGUGUUUGGCUGGUGCCGAUUAUUUGGGCCGAACGCACCGGCACUCACGUGCAUGUCAUUUUCGAUGCACGGUGUGCUCAUGGUGAGCUGCAAAUGUUGACGCUGCCAAGGGGCACGGUGGCUGAGCAGGUCCUCCCCUACACUCUGCAGAGUCAAGGUUGGGCCCUGUCUGUGAAUGGAGUCGCUGCCUCCUGCAUCAGGCGUUCACUGGAGACGGGAGAUGUGAUCUUCCUCAGUCGACCCAACAAGCCUGUGCCCGGGUUCCAUUUUGGCCAUGCCGUUUUGCUCAUGCCUCACCUCCGGGUUUUGACACUGCCCAUCCCGCUUGUUGAUGCUAGGUCCGUCCCACAACAGCUUACGCUGGCACAGACACGGGAUAACUCGGCCAUCAUGCGGGAUGAGCUGACACGGCACAUUAAUGCCAGGAUUCAUUUGAUGGGCUACGCUGGCCCUGGCUUGUGUCCUGUGACUGUUAUGGGCAUGCAUCAUGGACCGGUCAUGUUAUACUUGCCUGGCCCUGAACCUUCUCUCGAGCACGUCCAGCUUGUUUUGGACUCCAUACCGGAGAUGCCCGCAGGGGUUCGGGCCUUUCCCUGUGAAGCCUUCCCAGGUGAAACCUCGAUUUUUGUGACGGCGGAUCCAGAGGCUGGCACGGCUACGGCCAUUGUUGCUUCUACUCUUGGAUUUGGGCUUGAUAACCUGAUUUCGGUCCCACUGUUGCCAACUCAGCAGCACCUUGGUACUGCGGUCUAUCUGGCGCCUGGCUAUGUCGCUGAGCCUUUUGUGAGGCCGCAAAAUGGGCACUACAUACGUCGGACGAGAGUCUCUUUGCCUGGUUCCGGCACUUCUUUGGCUUGCCUUGACUCUGGACUUGAUCAGGCUAAGAACGCUCGUCUUUGUAGCCAGGCUCGUGCAAAUGGGAUUGUGAGUCCUCGAUGCCCCAUGUCGGCUCAGCCCCAGCCCCUUCCUCUGCCUUCAUCGGAGGCUCGGGCCAGUAUCGCGACCCCCCUGGGUCGGCGCAAGUUGCCCAUCUUGAAGCCGGACAUUGCUGACGCACGCCACACUGGUUCUGACAUUGUGAAAAGCGUCAAAGACCAAAUUGAUGCUGAUGAAGCGCGGGACGCCCUGACUCCCCGGCCUUUGGCUGCCUCUGCGCCCAUUCAGUUGGACCUUGCGACCCUUCCACUCACGGCUGCUCCAAAGAGCCGGGAUGAGCUCAAGCGGUGCAUUGCUGAUUUGAAACGGCCGUGGUUUGGGUUCUGGCAGCCAACUUGGGGGCGAGUCCCAGCGCUGGGAGCUGAUGCUUGUGCAUGGUUGUACCAUAGUAUGGACUUCUGGCGGCCCCAUCACCGCGUGCAUAUCUUCACGGAUGGUUCCUUGCUCAAGGUGGAUGGACGUGAGGUUUGUGGAUGGGGGCUCGUUCUGGCUUUCGAAGAUCCGCACACUGGGAGCUGGACUUCAGGUGGGUUCGCUGGCGGCUCCUUACAGAGCUUCCUUGACCGGCCGGUUGGAGCCUCCAAUACCUCCUUUGAUGCGGAACUUGCUGCUUGCCUUGUCGCCUUGUUAUGGAGUUUUUGUCUCCCACAGGGGAUGGAGGUCAUUUUGUGGCACGAUUGUAAAAGUGCUGGAGAGAUCCUCUGCGGUGCCUGCUCGCCUCAGGCAGCCCCUUCGUUUGUCAGCUUGGCCUGCCGGCUUCGUUCUGUUGCGGUGCUGGCCCAGCAAACUGGAGUGAAGGUGCAGCCGCAGUGGAUACCCAGCCACUCGGGCAUUUUCUUUAACGAGGUUGUCGAUGCUGUGGCUAAGGCUGGGGCUAGGGGUGAUGGUUGUAGCCUACCCUUGCCGGCUGCAACCUGGAAGCUUCUGGAAUCACCAUUCCUUCCUUGGGCGUGGCUCGCCGACUACAACGGGAGUGCCUUCCCUUUGUUUGACCGCCUGGCGGACGGUGUUUAUGAGCCCUCUGAUGAGGUCCCAGUGGAACUGCUUCCCAGCACUGUUGAGCCCUCUAUGGUCCCUGUUGUGGCGGAGUUGUCCCUCAAGCUUGUCACGUGCAAUGUGCAGACCUUUAAGGACAAGCGCAAUAGUGUCCUGCAACAACUCCUUGACCGUAAGAUCACGAUUGCCGGCCUCCAGGAGACUCGAACCACGCUGGACACUCGUUGCAAUGGGGCGGAUUUCUUUGAGUUCGCCUCUGCUGCCCUUCGGGGCGAAGGGGGUUCGUCCCUCUUCUUCUCGAGACGCCAUCCAUACGGAUGGAGAGAGGGCCGCCCGCUUUUCUUUGACGCUGCACACUUCCAAUGUGUUCAUGCAGAGGCGCAGAUAAUUGCAGUUCAGGUUCGUGCACCGCACUUGCAGCUCCUCUGCGUCAGUGCACAUGCGCCUCACUCCGGAUCUCCAGCUGGAGACAUACAGCAAUGGUGGCGCCAGCUGGCACAGGCCUCAUGGUUGCGUGGACAGCAGGGCAGGAUUGCCAUCUUUUUGGAUGGUAACGCCCAGGUCGGUACUGUUCAGUCUGACGCUAUCGGCACGCAUGCUGCAGAUCAGGAGACAGCGGCUGGGGCCUUCAUGCGUGAUUGGGCUGAUCGAUAUGAGGUAUGCUUCCCAGCUACUUUCUGCAAUGCGGGUGGAGCCUGCGUCCCCAGCGCUAAAGAACCUACGUGGUUCUCUCCAAGUGGUGCUGGGUAUCGCAUUGAUUAUGUCGGUGUGCCGGGCCAAUGGCAGAAUGGUGUAUGCUCCCCAAGUGUCCUGCAGGAUUUCGAGCUGCUCAACCGGGAUCAUAUCCCCGCACAGAUCGCGGUGUCCCUCCGAAUUUCCGGUCGACCGCCGGUUGCUCGCCGUCCCUUGGCCUUUCCUCGGGAUCCUGGGGAAUGGCCUGAGGAGUCUAUCGAGCAAUUGCGCCGGUGCAUUGUUUCUGUUCCAUGCCUGCCGUGGGGUCUGAAUGUACAUCAGCAUGUUCAUUGCCUUAUUCAGGCUUUCCAACAGUUUGCUGCACUUUGUCGUCCACCUGCUCGGCGCCGCUGCAGAGCUUUCGUUUCUGAGCCGACGCGGGACCUCCUGGAGGCGAGCAAGAGGUGCCGUCGGGCUCUUCGACAGCUCAAGUCUCUACACCAGGCCCUCCUUGGGCGCGCUGCUACGGGACGGCGGCCCAUUUCGUCAGAAGGCUGGACGAUCGCUGAUGUGCAAGUUCUCCGCCAAUGGGCGUCGGACUUCUUGCGUUUUGUGCAGCGCGGAUUGCGCGCAGCCAUUGCCGCUGACAAAGGCUCGUAUGUUCGGCGCGCGCAAGCGCGGCUUAGAGAUGCUAAUGACCCCUUCAAUGCCAAGGCCUUUUUCGCUGCCCUGAAGGCUCUGCGACCUCCUGGCAAGCGAGUUCUGAAGCCUUUUGCUGGGCUUAUCGUCGACUCUGAGGCCCCAGAUGACCCUUUGGUGCGUCUCCGACAACAGCAGAAGCACUUCGCUGACCUCGAGGCGGGGAUCUCUGCUGAUUCGUCAGCAUUUGCCGCUGGCACCCUUGCUGUGGAGCCGGGACAGCAUGGGUUUUCUAUGCAGCAUCUGCCGGCUUGGGUUGAUGUUGAGACAUCUUUCCGAGCUUGCCGUGCCGGCAAGGCCCCUGGGCCGGAUGGCCUCCCAGAUUGGCUGUGGAAGCUUGCACCCAGGAAGUCCGCCGAGCUCUGGAUGCCGGUCUUCUUGAAGGCACAUGUGCGGCUAUGUGAGCCCAUUCAGUUCAAGCACACCAUCUUGUGCACCCUUUUCAAGGGGAAGGGUUCUCCAGCUGCCAUUGAGAAUCACAGGGCCAUAGCCCUCCUGGCCGGUCCAGGCAAAAUCUUGAGGAAGCAAUUGCGCCCGGCAAUCCUUCGCCAGCUGCCAAACGACCCGCUUCACCAAGGAGGCAUCCCCCAUUCCCUGCUGCAGGGGGCGCAACAUGUUGUCAGGGCCCAUGCCUCCUUUGCUGCUGCACUCGGUAUCUCAAGUAGCACUUUGUUCCUCGAUGUCUCUUCGGCUUAUUACCGUGUGCUCCGCCAAGCUUUUGAAGGAGGCUUAUGCAACGAUACACAGGUGUGCCAGAUUUUGCAGCAGCUGGGAGUGUCACCAAGCUCGUUGCAUACGGUCUGUGAGUGGCUGUCGGGGACAAACUUGAUGGACAGGGCAGAUGAGCACGAGCAGCUCAUCCUCCGGGCCUACCUCUCUGGCUCCUAUUUUACCCUCAAGCAGGGAGGGGAUGUAAUACGCACACGUGCUGGGACUCGCCCUGGCGACUCAAUUGCCGAUGCACUCUUUUCGCUGUUGCAAGCGGACUUCAUGGCAGGCCUUCGGCAGCGCAUGGGUGAGGCUGGUCUGCUGGAGGACCCGAUUACUGCCUCGUCUUUUGGGGGCCCCAGGCUUCUGGCGCCCAUCUGGGCGGAUGACACAGCAGUGCUACUGGCCCAUGCCACUGCGACUGGGCUCCUUGCAAAAACGCAAGCCACUCUGGCCUUCGUCCACGAGGAGUUCACCAGGCGAUGCAUGUUGCCCCACUACGCCAGAGGCAAAUCGGAGGUCUUGUUGUCCCCGAGGGGUCGUGGUGCCCCUGCUGUCAGGCAAUUGGUGCACAUUAAGCAGGGCGGUCUCAUCUCCUUUUGUCCUUCCAGUGGUCAGCAGCAUAUUUUCUGCGUCCGACGAUACGUGCACCUUGGUGGAUACGUGUGUGAUCGCCCAUCGCACUCCUUGGAUAUCUGCCAGCAUGUUGCACAGGAAGCUGGUGUUGCAAUCUCUUGCCUUUUCCUCGCUCACGUCUACUGCUGCUACUUGGGGGCCUUUGACCAAGGCAGAGUUGACAGCUUGGAGGCCUCGGGCAUGGCUGCUCCGACUGCCUUUUUGAGGGUCCAACGUAUGAUGCAUUUCCAACGUGUCUGCUUGACUCAGCCUGUUCUGAUGGACAUGUUGGUUGCCGAAGCCUCUGCAUCUGUUUCGUCAUGGCUCGGGCUUUUGCGUGACGAUUUGGCCUGGUUGCAGUCCUUGGUCCCGCUCCCGGACGGGGUUCUGCAGGACUUUCCCAGUGGCCUGGCUGAGUGGUGUGUGCACGAUCGGGCCAACUACCGGUCGGUUCUUCGUAAGGCUCUGACUGGUGUUAGGAGCCCUCUGCAUGCGCCAGAGUGGUGUCAGCCUCCCUCCGCUAAUCCCGAAAGCAGCGGCGGCCACCACCAAUGUCACAAGUGCGAUGCGUCUUUCGCGACCUUCCAGGCCCUGACGGCGCACUUGUUUGCGCGGCACGGCACACAAUGUGAGGCUCAGGAGUACAGCGGCAGCACACUGUGCCGCGCUUGUAUGCGACAAUUUUGGUCGCGCAAACGCAUCGUCAGACAUUUACAACACGAUGCUCCGGGAUGUUUGCGCAUUUUGUCAUCUCACGGCAUCGAGGUGGAUCGUGGUUUGCCGCCACCCGAUCCCUCGUUGGAAGGCUUGCCAGCUACCAGGGUCUCAGGCCCGCAGCUGCCGCUCCACGUUUCUGUUGAAGAUUUCGCUUCCAAUGCUGCCGCAGGUGACAAGGAGCUUCGCUCCUGGUAUAAAACAUGGCGAUCCCCCACUAUGAAUCGGUGGUUGGAAGCCAUGGAAGAGUCUUGUGGGCCCUAG